AACACACCCGGGCCCACCAGUACAAUGUCAAAUUGAAAAUGCACUCAUAGCCGGCGAUGCACUGGGCAGCGGCUUGCAUAGGGGCGUCAACAGCUGUCUGCGGCGUAGCGAACGUCCUCGGCUGCUAUGCGCUGCUUGCGUGCCAGACAGCCUCAACUCCUCCUGCUAUUUUGUUUUAUCUUUCUGUGUUUCAAUGUAUCCAAAGCAACGAUCGAGGAGACGUAUGCUGGUAAGGCCUGCGCGCGCGACAGUUGCGGCGUUCCACCCCUGCUCUCCAGGAUGGCCCCAUUAUAGAUGAAUCUGCUCUCGAGCUUGUAUCCAAUAUGAAUACGUUACUCGCAGGCCGGCUCGAUGUGCUAGCCCGACCGACCAAUGAGGACCCGCUCUACCUGCUCCGGCUUCCUAUAAAGUCUAACUCGGGGACUGUGGGCAAUCAGUCAGUUGUGGCUCUGGAGCUGCUUCCUGGCCUCGCAGACGUUGGCGAGCUCGUUCGCACAGGAGCUCUCCGGGCCGGCGAUACUAUUACGCUGCGUGGGCAACUGCACAUUGUGGGAGAAACGGAGCAGCAGCUACCAGCACUGCGGGUGAACUUCUUGGCGAGCGGGGACUGGGAGGCAGACGGCCGACGCGCCAUUAGCGCCAAUGUCCAAGCUGCGGCGCGCACACGGUCUGCGGCGACCACCUCGCCUGAGGAGGAAUUCGUCAUACUGUUCAUACCCGUCGCAUUUUGUGACGCCGCACCUGCCAUAUCUUCAGAGGUAAGGACAUGGACACGGACACGGACUGUUCACACCUUGGCCCAGAGCUCCAAGGCAUCCUGUUUGGUGCAGCUGACGGCGGCGGUCUGCUGGAGGGCACGAGUGGGUCCGUGGCGGGCUAUCUGGGCUUCUGUUCAAACGGGCGGCGCACCCUAUCUCCCGGAAACGCGAUUAUUGCGGAGGGCGUUGCCAUCCCCUGCAACGGCACCAACAGCUACGGCGCGCGAUGGAGCACCUCGAGAUGUACGACAAUGGAUCUGUACGGCUGGGCUGAGUCCGCGCUGGACAUGGCUGUUGGGCAGCUGGAUCCCCAGGUGCUCGACAGAAUCCAGCAUGUGGUGGUGAUCACGCCCGACGGCAGUUGGUGGAAGCCGCGCUACGACCCGACCAACUGCGCCGCCUACCUCGCCAGUGGGGAGGUGGGCCGCGGGCGGCAGCUGCCGGGCACGGCUGGCGGCUCCUUCGGGUUCGUGUGGGUCACUGGCGAGCGCCGAUCGGUUCUGAACACCUACCUGCACGAGCUGUCCCACAACCUGGGGCUCUACCACGCCGGCACGACUGAAAGCUGCCAGUACUGCGACCGCGCAUGUGCGCUGGGCGGCUGCUGCUUGGCCCGCUGCCACAACGCCGCCCACCUCUGGGCCCUGGGCUGGGCGGACCCCGUGGAGGGCGGCUCUCUGGUUCUGGAGGGGCUGACUGAGGGGCUGACACUGCCGUACCGACUGCCGGCACAGCACAGCAGCGAUGCCAGCUUCGUGAUGAUCGACGCGUCGCCAGGAAACCCCAACGGCACGCGCGUGUUUCUGUCGUACCGGCGGCUGCGUCCGCCGUACGAGUCGUUCGACUCGCAGCUAGAUAACUCUGUGCUCGUGCACCGCUACCUAUCUGGCGGCUCCCGAUUAGGCAACAUGGACACGCAGUUCCUCGCCAGGCUGGCGCCGCCGAGCCCGGUGGCGGCAGGCAGAGCGGCCGGCAGUGGCGGCUCGGGCAAUGGCAGUGGUGUUGCCGCGGUGUGGCGCGACGACACAACACGUCUGUGGGUGCAAGUGCUGGGCUCCGACGGCGCCGCUGCCGCUGUCACCGUUUGCCGAGCGCCGCUGCUGUCCACGGCAGUGGGCGCGGGCUCACCGGCGGCAACAGCCGGUGACGGCAGUGAUAGCAGUGGCAGUAGCAGUGGCAGUAGCAGUAGCAAUGGCGCCGCUUCGCCGCCCAGCAGCAGCUCAGCUGUAGACUGGUCAGCUUGCCAGCGGGCACAGCCGGAUCCAGCAUCUGUCCUGCAAACCAUGGGUAUGGCGCAGCGGCUGCCGGCAGCGCUGCAGCUGUCGGUGAUGGCGGCGCCGCCACCCGCGCCGCCACCCACGCCGCCACCCACGCCGCCACCCCGCCCGCGGCCCCAGGCGCAGGCAGCCGUGGCCGCUCCCGACGCAGUUGCUGCGCUACUACGCAGAGACGAUGGGUCGCCUCCGCUGUCGCCCGCGCCUGUGCCACUCUCGCCCUCGCUCUCACCGUCGCGCGCGCCCGGCUCCUCGCAAGCGGCCGAAGCGUCGCGGAGGGGCACUGGGCGGCGGAGAGGCGACGUGGCCGGCGCAUCCUCGCCUCCCGCGCCUCAACCCCCACCACUACCUUCAUCGCCUUCUCCUCCUGCACCAGUGCCAGCCCCGGACACAGGCGCCGCCGCCGCUCCUGCGCCGGGGCCGGCUGGCGGCGGCAGCAGUGGCAGGCGGAAGCGCCCACCGCCGCCCGCACCCGUGGAGUCCAGUGUUGGCAUGGGUGCCCGGCGGACGGCUGCGGCCGGAACACCGCCGGCUGCUGCUGCCUCCACUCGGCCUUCCGACAGCCGUGGCGUAAGGCGCCUGGCAGGGCAGGUGCCCUGGGGGCCCCGCACGUAGCAGGUGCGGUGCGGGUCGGUGCGUGCACGUGGCGGUGGCUGAUGGGGAUUUACUCUGCCCAGUGGAGCGGCGGUUACCGCGGCAGGGUCCGAUAGCAAUGCCAACGUACGAUGUCUCGUAAACUACAAUGCAAGUAACGGACUGUGAAAUGACAGAUGAACUGAACUAGCCAAGUAACGUGAUAUGACUGUUGGGCGUGUCUGGCAUGUCGAAUCGGCACGUCUUGGGGGCAGGGGAGGUGGGGCCUUCAUUCAGCUAGCAUGGCAGGUACGGAGCCGAGUACAGGUACCCACGGUACAGGCGUCACACACAUACGACAGGUGUAGCACACAAACGGUACAGGUGUAGCGCACACACAAGGUACAUACGUCGCAUAUGCACGGCACAUAACCUACAUACUUGAUGAACUUGGUUUGCACAACUUGUGUUGGUCCGGUGGUCUUGCGAACUCACUUCAAAGCAGGGGUGCUUCAAAGCAGUGUGUGGAUCGUAAGAUGGGCAGUAUGGAAGGAGGCAGAGGGCGUGGACACCGUGAGGUAGGGGACGUCAAUGGGGGGGGGGGGGGGGUUGUGCGCGUUCAGGGGUACACGGUGGACGUUCGGGACGUUCGUUGCAGAUGGGUGGGAGAGGACAGUUCGUGCGAGAUAUGUGCGGCAGGCACGCGGGGGCGCCUGAAAAGACAGAUGAGCCAGUGCGGACCGGAGGAGCGAGGGAGCAAGUUCAGAAAGGUCGAG